AACUGCUACGAAACGACGAACAUUUCGCGUCCGCCAUGAUUGUCACUGGUUAAAGCUGGGAGAAAACCUUUCUCUACAAAAUAUCAGGGUUUCGAUGUAGAUUUAUGUCUUCUUCUUGAAGUUGCUUAACCCACUGGACUGAUGAUUCCCGGAGAAAAAGAAAUGAAGUCGUCUUCAUCUGCCCAGGGGCGUCCACUGACGACAACGAUGAAUUUUCCUAAAGACAAUCUUUUCACAGACAUUCACAAACGGCUCCGUCUCCUUCCUGGUUUACAAGGCUUGAACAGCGUGUCACAGUUGGAACAGUCUACUCAAACACCCGGCUCUGCCUCACCCUUGGAUCAAGUCCGCAGGGACGCAGAAAUAAUUGCUACAGAUGUUGUUCAUAGCUUUGGCCGAGAAGAUGAGAGAAAACCCCCAAACCGAUAUUGUAAGACAAUGAGAAGGACUGUGCGGGAGCUCUCUGACAGGCAUGACGUCACAUUCAAAGGGAUGGUAACCAAACUCAACAUCAGUCAAGAAAACGCCUUCCCCACUUUUGUCAAUGUGGCUGAUGAAAUUUUCAUGGAUGGUAAAAUCAACUGGGGCAGAAUAGUGGCUGUCUUCACGUUUGCAGCUCGUCUCAGUCAGUAUUGCAGAGAAAACCAGAUGUCAGACUAUGCCGACAAAAUCGCUCUGUUUGCUGGAAAAUAUGUUGGCAACAAAUUGGGUCAUUGGAUAAAUGAUAAUGGUGGCUGGGAGGCCUUUGCAAACUAUUUUCCUGAGCAGGGAGUUCAGGAUGAGAAAUUUUGGAAGGGUCUUGUGUAUACAGCAGUCGGACUUGGAGCUCUGGCCACUGUCGUCGCUGCAAGAUAAUUACGGACCAACAGAUUCAUAAUCCAUUAACUGGAUUAAUAUCUCUGAAAUUUAAACAAGGCUAUUUGCUUCACAGUUACAGAUUUUCUUUACUCCACAGCUGAUUGUGUUAUGUAAAUAAUUUCUUGGUAUUGAACAGUGUUCUAAAGUGGACAGCCUGCCUUUCUAUUUUGUAUACUUUUUGGUACGUGAACUUGUACAUAGCAAAAGGGAUGGAUGCAAUAAAUAAUGAUUAAAAAGCUAGUUCUCAUGAAUGAGUGUGUGAUAAAAAAAUACUGAUUAGUUCAGCAGUGAUAAAAAGGAUACCUCAUGUUUUAACUAUAGUAUGACACUAUCAGCUGUAUGGACUAAUUUUUUUUUUGUACUUUGUGAAAGUCAUGGCUUGUAUUCUGUUUGUGUUUAUUCAUCUGAACAAUUUAUGAUAUCUUCAUUUCAGGCUUAUAGGUAUAAAAUAGUUUUGACAAUCAAUUGUCCUCUGACCUCCAUUGCAACAUGCUGAGCACAUGCACAGGGUUGCCAUUGUUUAAUUUGAAUCUGUAACAAGCCUGUAUUACUGGCUAUGAAAAUAAAAAUCCUUUGUUUAUCCAGC